AGAAAGAACACGGAGCAUUAUCGAAGAAAAAAGCUGUCGCAUCUUGCUCUAGUGAAAAAUUGGUGCAAAUUUCGUAGUUUUCCGUGCGCAAAGUGCUGUAGGCUGAUGCAAGAUGAGUGAUUUCUUCAAGUCAGCGAUAAAUUACUUCAAUGCCGGACCCACUGGCUGCGGACAGGAAAACGAUUUCGUUGGACAGACAGUGGAAAUCGCCAAUGUCAAGCUGCGGAUCAAACGUGUUAUCGCUGAAGGUGGUUUCGCGUAUGUCUACGUAGCGCAGGACUCUCAAACCGGCAACGAGUAUGCUUUGAAGCGCUUGCUAGGAGCGGACAAAGAAGAAUGUAACAAUAUUAUACGAGAAAUAAACACACUCAAGCAGGUGUCCGGACAUCCAAAUAUUAUCAAAUUCAUAGCGGCUACAUUUAUUGAUCGUACUCAGAAUGCCACCGCAAAACGUGCGGAAUAUCUGCUGGUGACAGAGCUGUGUAAGGGUGGUUCACUGUAUGACUGUCUUGAGAAGGAUCUAGCACCGGAAGCUGUUCUUCGGGUAUUCUACCAGGCUUGCCGGGCGGUAGCUCAUUUACAUACGCAAGCAGUUCCAAUCAAUCAUCGGGAUAUCAAGAUUGAAAAUUUUCUUAUCGGAUGUGACGGGCAACUGAAGCUGUGCGAUUUCGGAUCAGCUUCAACAGAUACCUAUGCACCGGACGUGAGUUGGAAUGCUCAUCAAAGAGAUAUGCUGGAAGAUCUGCUUGGUCGCUGUACAACUCCGAUGUAUCGAGCUCCGGAGCAGCUAGACACCUGGGCCAAUUACCCCAUCGGUAUUAAGACAGACAUCUGGGCUUUAGGAUGCAUAUUAUUUUGUCUAUGCUACCGAAAGCAUCCUUUCGAGGAUUCAGCUAAGUUGCGUAUCAUUAACGCAAAUUAUAACAUACCGAAUGAUUCUCGGUAUGCGUGCUACAGUGAGAUUAUCAAAGGUUGCCUACAGGUCGACCCGCUCAAACGAUUUGAUAUUUCAAUGGUCUUGGAUAGAUUAGCUGCGAUAUCGGAAACGAAAGGAUGGUCAUUGAAAGCUCCGCUAGGACUGCACGGAAAACCGCUUAAUACCCCUCCUAGUGGCUUGUCGCCUAAUCCGAGCCCAAUGCAUCUUCCAUCAGAAAGCGCUCCUGUAUCGGGUAACCAUGCUCCUCCGCAACGGCCUGCUCCUCCACGGCCGGCUCCGGUUGGAAACAUCGGAGGGUCUCCUCAGGAGCGCAAAAAUCCGCAGCGCCCUCCGGAUCCCGUUCGCCCGCCCCCUCCAGUGAUUGCACCGGCUGUUCAUCACUAUCCUCAUCAACCUCCAUCAGUUGGAGCUUACGUUGGUGCUGCUGGCAGUGGUGGAGGAGGUCUUCUUUCAUCAAUAAAAGGUGGAGCGGGAAGUUUUUUCAAAAACCUAAAAGAUACAUCGUCGAAGGUCAUGCAAACCGUUCAACAGAGCAUUGCUCGUACUGAUUUGGAUAUUAGCUACAUCACGCAAAGGAUCCUAGUAAUGCCUUGUCCCUCUGAAGGACUUGAAUCGACCUACCGGACCAAUCACAUUGAAGAUGUGAAAAUAUACCUAGAAAGUCGAUAUCUACCAACUAAAGUCAGUAUCUAUAAUUUAGGUCCUCGCAACUGUCCCAGACUGCCUCCACCAGUGCGUACCGUAGAAGGAAGCUUCAUCUAUUCCGCGGUUCCGAUCUCCUAUAAAGCACCCACUCUAGUAGGCUUGUACUCGUUGGCCGAAGAUAUGUAUGGCUUUUUAAAUGCGGACCCUAAAACAGUGAUUGUUGUCCAAAGUCCCGAUUCAGGAAAAGCUCUAGCAGCGACCAUAGUUUGUGCAUUGCUUAUAUACAGCCAGUUGGUAACAGAGCCUGAAGAUGCUAUGCAAAUUUUUGCUGUCAAGAGAACUCCACCUGGUAUGAGAGCAUCCGAAUUGCGGUAUCUCUAUUACAUGGGCGAUCUAGUUCGAUCGGUGCCGCAUUUACCGCAUUACAAUCCUGUCACGUUGGUUUCAGUUACGGCCAGUCCCGUACCUAGAAUGACGAAAGCUCGGGAUGGAUGUCGAGUGUAUGUGGAAGUUGCAUCAAGCGACCGAAUAGUCUUCAGCACUUUACAAGACUAUGACCGCAUGCGUCUGUACAGCGCUGCGGAAGGUAAAAUAUCUAUCGCUCUAAAUGUCACAGUUUGUGGUGAUGUCACUGUUACUUUAUAUCACGCUCGCAAUGCACUUGGCGGCAUGGGUCGACCACAAGGAUUAAAAAUCUGUCAAUUCCAGUUAAAUACCGGUUACAUACCGGAAGAGGAAACAUUGAUUAACUUUAGCAAAUCUGAGUUAGAUGAUGUUCCCGAUUUGGAACACGUUCCUCAUGGCUUCAAUGUAGCGCUGUCGGUGUUUGUAGGAGACUCGGAACGUCCUCCGUCAAACCAACCUCCGUGGGCAUCACCCAAAACAACCAGAGAUCCCAAGAUCCUAUUCGCUUCCCAAUUAGAGUACGAAGAAAAUGUUGACAAUUUCAUUUCGAAACCUUCUUCCAACCCGACAUCAGCACCACACCGGCCUCCACCGCGUCCGGCUCCACCAUCACCACAACCUUCUAGAGCAAGCCAAGCACCCCAAAAUACAACUGAACAUCCGCCAGCUUCAGUUUCUAGUGAUGCAGAUUUUCUAAAUUUGAGCAAUCCUAGUCAAGAGCAACCCGAACCAUCAGAUCACGAAGAACAAAGUGCUAAUUACGAUCUUCUCGGUGGCUUUGCACCUCCGGUUACAGAUAAAAGUGAUUCAGAUAUUAUCAACAAGCCUCCGAAUGCUGGUCUGGACGAUAUUUUCGGAGACAUUGAUAAUGAUGGAAAUGCUACUGGGCCAGUCCCAUUACAAUCUACCAAAUCAAGCAGCGAUCUAAACGGGCUUAAUCUUAAUUUCGAAAAUUUUGGUGGCGUCGCUAAACCAGCGGCUCCAAAUGAAACAGCUCCGAAUGGAGUAAUCAACAAUCAAUUCAACAAUAGCUUUGGUUUUGAUCCAUUUGCUGGAAUUAGUGCAAGCGCAUUUCAUAGUAGCCACCAAACACAGGUGCCGCAGCAGGCUCAAGCAGCAAACAAGGAUCCAUUUGCUGAUAUUGGUAAUCUAGGUACUACUCUAGGAGCGACGGGUUGGGGAAAAUCCGGUGCUCCACCAACCACGACUCCCAGUCCCCGCUCAACACAAUUCUCCAGCCCGACCCAUCAAUAUAGCGGAGCUAGCACUGCGAAUCCUUCACCGAGAGCGCCGUCGACUCCGAUCCAUCAAAUGCGAAGCCCCAGCGAUGCACAACGCCCAGACUACAGUCGGUCGCACUUCGAACCGUCGAAACAAUCGGCUACCGGCGGUAACGGAACAAACGGACAACCGAAGGAAAAAUCCGGCGAUAUCUUCGGUGAUAUCCUUGGUUCACAGGGCUAUUCUUUCGGAAGUGGAAAAAAUCAGGGCCCGCGCACGAUCAACGAUAUGCGGAAGGAAGAACUGGUCAAAGAAAUGGAUCCGGAGCGGGUGAAACUAAUGGAAUGGACUGAAGGAAAAAAGAAUAAUAUUCGAGCGUUGCUCUGCACGGUACACACUGUUCUGUGGCCAGGGGCUAAAUGGACCAAGUGUGAGAUGCAUCAAUUGGUUAGCGCCGCCGAUGUGAAGAAAACCUACCGCAAGGCUUGCUUAGCGGUACACCCAGAUAAGCACACGGGAACUGAGAACGAAAGUAUGGCGAAGCUGAUUUUUAUGGAACUGAACAACGCUUGGAGUGAGUUCGAAAACGACGCCACGCAGCAGAAUUUAUUCGCCAACUAAGUGAUACUCUAUUGAAGGCGUGUACUAUACUGUUAAUUCUAGAAGCCUUAGUGUGCUCUAACUACUGGCGCCUUAUCACACACAAGACACAAGUCAUCACCGCGGCGUCAAAUUCAUUAGAUCCAAACUGACAACAGUAAGUACCGAAACAGAUUGUGACUUGCCAGCAAAAUAUUUAAGAACUUUCAAAAUUCUUAUACUGUUAUCGCAUCUAAAUAGUAGAUAAUCUUUUAACCAGUUGUACGAAUCCAUCGUAUAAGACGAUUCUUGGUGAAUGUACUUCACGUAAGCUGCGGCAAUAGUAGAAGAAAAUCGUGUUAAGAGACGUUGCUUAGAAAUAAAGAUCUUGAUUAGUGAAAAAUUCUGCAAAAUCUUAUGUUCUCUUGCAUGAUAUUUCAUGCCAGUAUGCAAUAUUCAAAUUAAAUUACAGAAAAUUAUUUGAAAACGGUAUCAUCCGGUACUAACUGUUUUUAAACUUUAUUUUUAUUUGACCAUUACUUCCAAAUUUAUCGACUUUUUAUUUGAUUUCUUAUUGUUGUUGCCUCCCCAACACUAAAUAAAUUUAUUAGACGUUUUGGUUCAGUUGAUCUACAUUAGAAAUUAAAUGCCCAAUCAACAUAAUUGCAUCCGUCAGUCUCGGAACAAAAUAAAAAUAUAAAAAGUAUACUUUUAUUUGAAAAUUUCCUAUUCUAUUCUAAUCAAUGCUAUAAUAAUGUUGAGAUUAUACAAAGUAUGAACUAACAACAAUACCCCAAACAAAUAAUAAUAAAUAAAUGAAAAAGUUAAUCUGUAUCUCUUGAUGUUUUGCAAUAAUAAUACAAUUAAAGCAGCGACUUCAGAAUAUUUCGUCGGAAACCGAGUGACACUUGAUCGCAAAAAAGUUCAUCAAAUGAAACCUUUCGUAUUAUUAACAUAUUUAUUUCAUAUACUAUAUUCCUUUAGCCCUAAAAUUAUCUUGAACAAUUGUCAUUCGACUUGAGGUGUUCUAUCCUGGGUCUGGCGCGAAGUCUGAACUAACCGCUUCUAUGGCUUUCAAUAAACUUGCAUACAUCCGAUAAUAACGAUUCAAACUAAUGAGUUUCGUGAAUCCAAGAAUUAGCCAGUGUAAAAAUGCAAAUUAUUACAUUAAUAUACCGUUGUUGAUUGUAAAUGUAACAAAUUAAGAAAUAGCGUAGCAAAUGUAAACAAGCAAAUUAAUUAUUUAGCACUCGGUUGAAGAAAUUAAACACGAAAAGCAAAGCGAUAUGAACUGUGAUUGAAUAUAAACUUGAAUUUGAAUUGGCGCAACGUUCUGUAAAGUUCGAGUGGUGUGUAGAUGACGUUUAAAUGAAACGAAUUUAUUUCUUAUUGCGGUUAACUGAUUGUGCAGUAAGCAAUUGCUUUUCAAUAUGUGAUUAUAAACCUUACAUUCAAGCAAAACACAGACUUAUUUUUCACGUGUACAUUUUUUGUCCUACAAUUGAAUAUGUUAGGCGUAGCUGCAGGGGCUUAAUAACAUACGCGACUGCAAUAGUAUAUUUUUUUGUCGAUUGAUUAACUUAAUUGCGUCUAGGUGAGCAUUCCUCAGCAUUCAGUUGAGCGUUACAAGCGAAACCCAUGGAAGUCAAGCCCUCCGUCCGCACAGAUGCGAGCAUUAAUUUCCGUGGGUUCUAGAUUUAGCGUUAAACAUGCGUUUAUAUUUUAGUUCUGUUUACGUUCACAAUAAUAAUCAUUUGCCGACGGUGAAGUAUGAAAUGAGAAGCGAGAAUAGUGUUAACAUUUAUUCAAUGUUUAAUUCCUUUGUGAUGAUUUUGAUUCGAAUGUGGAUAUGUUUAACUAGAGAUGCCGUAUUUAUUAAGGAUAAUAGUUAAUAUAUUGCUACUAUUGAU